GCUACGCCUGACAUGUAAUAAGUGUAGCAGAGGAUUAGGAGUGUAAAUAGCCAGGACGUGGCGGGAGUGGGAGAGCGCAGGUCAGGAUCGACGCGACGCUUCCACCGACGCCGGAUGACCGCGCCUCUCAACAAUUUAUUUAUCUUCCGCCGCGACAGAUGAGAAAAUUCUUCCAAGAUGGGGGAUGGAAUGCUCUCACUCUACUGGAACAAUCACAGGGCCACCUUUUGUCACAUACUGGCAACACUCAGGGAAAAGGAACGGUACACAGAUGCUACCCUGGCGUGUGAUGGCAAAUUUUACCCUGUACAUAAACUGGUGCUAUCAACAUGUAGUGAAUAUUUUGAAAAAAUUUUCGAGCACACACCAUGUAAACACCCAGUGAUAGUACUCAAGGACAUAAAGGCAGAUGCUCUUGAGGCUCUGCUGAAUUAUAUGUAUGCAGGUUAUGUGAAUGUAGCACAGAAUGACUUGGCGAGACUAAUAAAGGCCGCUGAGACCUUGUCAAUAAAGGGCCUGGCUGUACCUGAUGAACCACCCCCGGGGGAGGAUAACAAAUCCAACCAGUCCCGGUCUGGGAGGGAAGAGAGAACGAGUCCUCAGCCAAAGAGAAGACGACGUGAGGAGAAUGCCAGCUCCCAGCCUUCCAACAGUCCCCCAUCAUCACCUAGAGCCUCCCCCUAUCUGCCUGAUGGUGAACAAUCUCGAUCCAGAGCACCCAGUGAAGGGCACCGCUCGGAGCGAGUAGAGUCCACUGAACAGGCAGAACAACCUCCAUCACAAGAGUCUCAGGCAUCAGAAGUUAAGGUUAUGGUUGAUGAAUCACUAGUCAAAGAAGAAAUGGUAGAAACUUUAGAUAACAGUCAAUCAGAAGGGAUGGACACAAGUAUGCAGUAUGGUGGUGUGGGCAGUGAUCCCAGCAUGGAUGGUACAGGAGAGGAACAUUCCAACCGCAUGUUGCCAAACAAAUAUGACCAACCUGUCAUCCCUGGUCAAGCGCAACCUCUUGCUGAUGCUGUGGCUGAGGCCUUAGCGGGCCCUUCAGGAAUGCAAGGGUGGCUUGGAAGUGAAAUGCCCGGCCCUGGAGGCUACACAGCUGAGGCUUAUGGGAGUGAGGGUAACCAAGAGGUUCACCCUGCACCAACGGGAGCAUCACACUCACAACAGCGGGCUGCAGCAAGAAUGAGCUCCAGGGAGGCUAAGGGGGCAAAGAAUUCGUUGGCUCAUCGGAAAGUCUCCUGUAUCAGUAAAGAGGACUGGCUUCACUCACCAAAACUCACAGAGAGACUUCCCUUUUCGUAAGAGAAAUCCCCAUAUCCAAAGCCUUCUUUAUAUGGAAAUGGAAAAUUCUGUGCCCAGACAAGUUUCCGGUUUGAGGACAAAAAUGUGGUAUGGACAGCUACUGCAGCAAUUGACUGGGGUGUUACCUUCCAGUCAUGGCAGUGCAUGCUGGAUCCCCAACAGUCUCCUGCUUCCAUGGCCAACCAGUCUUUGGGAAUGGUCUCUCGUUCUCGCUGUAGUUCAGUUUGGACACAAGAAAAGCCGUCAGCAGCUGGGAAAGCGUCUUUCUUACAGUCAGUAGAGAGAGAGACAGACAGAGAGAUAUCUAUGCAGGAGCCAAUCUUCCUUUAUCCCUAAGCCCCCUGUGAAGUUGAGUGUAGAUGAAGCAAAUUCUGAGUCAGACAUUGUAGAAAGAGUGAUGGCAGAAAUGGAACUCUAAGAGAAACUGAAGAAAUAUCACCUGAGCAAGAAGGCAAAACAACUUUGAAAAAUUCAUUGGAUGAAUACCUUCGUAAGGCACCAAUAUAUAACUUGGAUUGGUUAGAAUCCUUGAGAAAUAAAUUUGAAGUCCGUGCCAAGGCUUCUGAUUGUGAUGCAGCUAUGUUGGCAGAGACACAGAGACUUCUGGAAGAGAAAAGGAAGAAGUCACAAGCUUCUCUUGAUAAUUGUGUUGCAUUGAGGAUGAAACACCUUGAUCUAACUUAUCCAGGAGAAACAGCAGACGAGGAUGAACAGGAAGAGGAGUUUGUACCAUUGACACCAGAAAUGGAGGAAGUAAUUGAUAAUGCUCUGAUGAAAGGCCCACCAAAUCAAGUUCUGAUUGAGAAAUUCAAUACACAGAUCACCAGGCAUGAUAUAUCCACAUUAGCUGGCCUGAAUUGGCUUAAUGAUGAAAUUAUUAAUUUUUACAUGAACUUGUUGAUUGAAAGAGGUAAAAACUGAUAAUUAUCCAAAAGGUAUAUGCUUUUAACACAUUUUUCUAUCCAAAAUUGAUGAAGACAGGGUUUGCAUCAGUAAAAAGAUGGACUAAGAAAGUGGAUCUUUUCAGUCAUGACUUGCUCCUCAUACCAGUUCACUUAGGAAUGCACUGGUGCCUGGCUACUAUUGAUCUUCGUACAAAAUGUGUCAGAUAUUUUGACUCUAUGCUAGGUGAUAAUGAUAAGUGUUUAGAAGCACUACUAAAGUAUCUGGAAGAUGAACAUCAAGACAAAAAGUCAUCACCUUUUGAAAAGACUGGUUGGAUGGCUGAGAAUGUGAAGGAUAUAACCUCAGCAAAUGAAUGGAUCAGAUUGUGGGAUGUUUGCUUGUAUGUUUGCUGAGUAUUUGUCUCGUGAUGCUGAUAUCACCUUUGACCAGCAGCACAUGCCGUACUUCCGAAGAAAAAUGGUGUAUGAAAUUGUCACAGCCAAUCUUCUUUAAUGAGAUGCAUGAAACUUGUAGUUUUAGAUGGGUGAUAAAUCUUACAGGAUUUCAAGUAGAUGCAGAACUAAUAAGUUUUUGUUACGUGAUUGCAUGAUUUGUCAAUACUCACAGGAGUGGUGUUAAGUAAAUAGUAAUGGUAUUCCACAGUAGUUGAAGUAGUUGGUUAUGAAUAAUAUUACAAUGAAUGGAUUCUUCUGUAAGGGAAUUUUCUAUCGUGUUAUUGGAAGAAAUUCCACCAGUGAACAGUGCGAUAUUUGUAACGUCCUACAAUGAUUUUGAUUAAUAAUGAUUGUUGUUGCUAUUGGAUUCAUCAUAGAGGAUGGCAGUGUCUGGAGCAUUAUUCAUUAAAACAAAAGAAGCAGUCAAAGGAUCAUCAUAUUACUGUUUGCUGCAGAAGGGUGGAACUCUACUUAUGGAUUAUAAGAAGGCCCACUGGUACCUAUAGUAGAUAGAAUGUAGUGCUGCAGCAUCCACACCUGGCUCAAGUUGGCAUGGUUGAUGCAGUGUUCACCUCUUCUGGAAGUACUUAUUGAUGUUUUGAGUGACUGCUUUACUGAUGCUUAUGAAUGCUCAUUUGUAAGUAAAAACUUUGAAAAAACAGGAUGUCCUCACAGGGCCUAAAUGAAGUUGAGAGGUUAGUUAAACCAAGAAAACUUGUAUCUCCAUCCAACAGUUAUAGUAAUACAUGGCCUUGUCAGCAGAGGGGUGUGGGCGAUGGUUUGUGAUUCCAGUUAUUCAGUAGAUCAGUUUAAGGUAUAAAUACAAAAUAAGGAAAUGAAAACUGGUGAUGGCUGUGUAUUUUGGUUGAUAGUAACUAAUAUAUGUAUCUCUGUCUGCAGUUUGGUUUUGUAAAACUUUUGUAUAUUGUAUUGCUGAUUAGGAGUCUCAUUGUUGUAUUUAAAAUAUUUCAUUUAAUAACUUGAGCAUUGAUAUAUCAGCAAUAGUGACUAGAGGAAACAUAUACAUGACAUAAAUAAUGAGCUGGAGUAUGAGACUUACUAGAAAAUUUCUCCACUUUCAUUCCAUUUUCACUUAAAAGACUGUCUCAUUAAAAGAAUCCUUUGAAGUUUUACUGAAGAUGCAUGAUUCUCUCUCUCUCUCUCUCUCUCUCCUCUCUCUCUCUCUCUCUCUCUCUCUCUCUCUCUCUCUCUCUCUCUCUCUCUCUCUCCUCUCCUCUCUCUCUCUCUCUCUCUCUCUCUCUCUCUCUCUCUCUCUCUCUCUCCUCUCUCUCUCAUGCACAUUUAACAUUCACACUUACAUGUCAUUCCAAAGUUGUUAAGCAUUAGAUAAAAUCCUUAGUUGUGAAGGAGUAAUAAAGCACCUCACUAGUGUUAAUUUUUUUUGCUACAUUGUAAAUCAAUUGCUUUUUUACUGGUUGUGUAGUUUAUUUAUUUAUAGGUGGACUUUAUUUAUUUUAGUAUCAGCACCUAUGCUUGGAUGUUUGGAGUAUCUUCAAUGUUUUAUAUCAAUAUCUUAGGAUAGUUAUUAACAUUUCUAGUUAUUAGAUUUAGUAUUUUUAGUUUAAUAGGCUUCACUUCAGAUGAGCAUAAAAUGGAACAAGUUGACAGUUAAAGUGUAUGUGGUUGUAUUAAUAUGGAGUUCCUAAAGAUAAGCUUUUCUAGUAAUGUGCUGCAACACUGAUAUGUAAACUUUAUGAGGACUUAAAUUUUGUAUAAAUGACUAAUUUGUUUUGAGAUCUAUAUUUGAGAGUGGAGUCUAAUGUGGAUUAAGUUCUAGAAUGCAGUGGCUUGUACUGGCCUGAAUAUACUGACGGGUAGGUGGCUGCUAUUGGCUGGCUGUGAUGUUAUGAACCACGUGAGUGUGAUCAGGUCAAGUCCGGGCACAGUUUUGUAAUGUGGGGAAGAAUUAACUAUUUUUAUUUCAGUGUUAAUGCAUUCUUACUUUUCCGUGGCCAAGAAAGUUUGAGUUAUUAAAAUGCUGCAGAAAUC